AAUUAGGCAAAACGACAAAAAUAUGGCAGAAAAUAGUUUAAUUGACGAAUUCUUGGCUGAAGACGACCCAUUAGAUGAUUUUUUAUGUAAUGCGUCUGAAGAGUUUGAAAAAAAGAAGUUUGUGACUGAAGUAGAUAUAUUUACGGAAAAACCUGAGGAAAAUAACGUCAGUAUAAAUGAGGAGAGUGUUGUUCGUACCACACAGCAGUAUUUUUCGGAUGAAGAGGAAGAUCCUUAUAAUAAAAAGUAUAGUACAAAAAGUGAAAGAACAGUCAAACCGAACACUAGUAGUUCGUGGUUGAGUAAACCUAAAAAUACCCUUGAAUUGCCAAAAAUAGAGCAAAACAAACCUGCGGGUGAUGUUUAUACAGACCCUGUGUUUGGUCUACGAAUCAUAAACCCGUUAGUUUCCUCACAAGUUUUAAAAGAAAGAAUGAUCGGUAGAGAAGCCAUCCCAUUUCUUAAACUAAAAAACUUUGUGCAGUCUCAAGAUACAAAUAAAGACUGGGUAAUUGGUGGUGUCUUGGUUACUAAGUUUCCUGUUAAAACAUCUCAAAAAGGAAAGCAGUACUCAUUGUGGAAAUUGUCAGAUUUAAAAAAUGAUAUUAAAACUAUUACGUUGUUUUUGUUUGGUAGUGCUCAUAGCGCUUUUUGGAAAACCACUACUGGGACUGUUUUGGGAGUAUUGAAUCCCAAUGUUAUGGAAAAUAAAAGUGAUUCAAAGGAUGAGGCCAGCCUGAACGUGGACAACGCGCAAAAGUUGAUGGUACUGGGCCAAUCUAAGGACCUGGGCGCGUGCAAGAGUCUGAAAAAGAACGGCGAACGCUGCAACGCCGUCGUGAACGUGAACCGGUGCGAGUUUUGCGUCUACCACGUCAAACAGGAGUACCAGAAGUGCACCAAACGAUCGGAAUUGCAAGCGAACUUCGCUGGUAAUGGACUAACGGCCUUGAGGAACAAAGUAUUGGGGAAAAACGAGGUCUUUUACGGGGGAAAAUCGUACACUUCCGUGCCGGCGAAUAAAAGUAGAAAAUUGGAGAAGAAAGACAGGGGGAUAUUGGACAAUUUGAACGGCAUGCGUCAGAAUUUGGUUGGCAGUACCUCUGCGGUAAAAAAGAAGGGCGCCGCCAUGUUGGAGGUAUCUCAUUCACAAAGGUUAAAAGACUUGGAGAUAAUUAAAAAAAUUGGCGGAGCUAAGCCAAGCCCAACAUCAAGCCUAGAAAAUGUUAAAAGUCAAACAGUACUUAACAUCCAACCUAUACCGGAAAGUAAAGCGAAUAUACCGAAUACACCAAAAGAAAAAAGCAUUCCAAAGAAAGAUCCUAUGGUGAUGACUAUUCCGACGCUUUCAACUUCAAAGAUGAUAAAUUUAAAUGAACCAAUCACGCCAAGGCAUAUAUUACGAACAAAACACAACGCAAUAAAGUACGUACAAAGACACGGGACCAUCAAGAAGGCCGAUCCCAAUAGCGUUAAAAGCAGCGGCAGCAAGCGGAAAUUCGAGGAACCAAAAUCAGAUGACGCUGCGGAAACGUCGUUGACUUCGUCGAGUGUAAGCAAAAAAUCCAAGUUGGAAACCAACGACUUCAUUUCGGACCGCUUCAAGAAAAUGAUGGCGCAAACGUCGAAACACACCGACCUGCUGGAGCAACGGGACGACGAAGAGGCCGAAAAGUACUUCCACAAGUUGGAAAUGAAGGAACAGAUGGAGGAAAAAAUGACGAGCACCUACAAAGUGGCCUGCAAAGCGGUCACGUGCACGGUGUGCAAGUACACGAGCUUCUCCGCGGCGGAGAAGUGCAAGACCGAGAAGCACCGGCUGAAAGUUUCGGACGCGACGAAGCGGUUCUUCAAGUGCGGAAACUGCUCGAACAGGGUGGCCAGCUUGGAGAUCGUGCCGACGAAAUUGUGCGGCAGCUGCGGCGCGGGAAGGUGGGAACGCACAGGGAUGAUGAAGGAGAAGACGGUGACGCACGCGCACUCCCUCUCGAUCAGGGGCGGCGAGCAGAAAUUCGUCGGCGGCGCGACCACCAACGCCAACUUGGAUCUCAUGGUGCCCGAAUGAACGGUUUUUAUUGUUUUUAUUUAUUUAUUUGUAUAUAGGUAAUUUUAGAGUAAUUUUAAAUUGGUAACACUGGCUGAGAAAAAAAAUGCGUUUGCUGCUGAUUACAAUAACUUUUUUAGGGUAAUUUUAACACGCUAAAUGUUUUUAACGAAAAAUAAAAUUGUCUUAAACAGUUCUUGUAAUUAAUGUUAUAUAUUAAAAUGGGUUGUUCCUUAGGGUCCAUAAAGAAGCACCUGAAACUUUUUUUUUUCUAAAUUCCAAAGUCUAAAAAUAAUUUAUAAUAACCUUUAUCCUACCAAAAAGUACGCCACUGAUCGACUAGGAACUUUAGGUUAAUCUGGUGGAUUUAUUAUGUUAUGGUUGGUAACAAGUGUUUCCAAAAUCUCUCAAAAAAGUUGACAAACAUUGUUUAAAUUUAGCUUAAUUACAAAAAUGACAAAAUUAACAAUGAAAAUUGUCAAUUUGGCGUUUUUAUUAAUUGUU